AUGUCUGUGCGAUUUCUGUUCCUGAUCUUGUUGCCACAUGCAGUUACACUGGAACAAGACUUAUACUGCAUGCCUGAGGAUUACCCGAACGUGGCGAUUCCUUUUCGCUUGCUGUAUGAAGGUAAGUUUAAUUUUUUAGAAGUCCUUAUUCUUGCUUGAUUUUUUAAGGUUCCAUGUCAUCUUUGCCUGAUAAAUCUUCUUUUCAUUCCAGAUGUUUGCCCUUUAAUAAACGAUAUUCUGUUUGAAGCGACAUACGAUUUCCAGAAUCAUUGUGUCAUGAAGUGUUCGGAAGAUCCAUUCUGUGCUGGAUUCAAUUUUAAGAAAAAGCACGAGAAGAAGACUCCAAACUGCCAGUUAACACACACGCUGAAUCACAACUUUCAUGAUUGCAACGCUGAUGACAAAGGCUGGUUAUUUUAUCAUCCCGUUGCUCCAAGAAAGGUACGAAAUUGCAGUAAAAUGUUCUUAAUAAACUUUGCCUAAAAUAGAUUAUUAGUACCUAGCAAGCAAUGCCUAGCUAGCAAUACCCGCAGUCUUAAAUAGCUUAUUAUAUAAGCGGAAUUAACUUAUUUGUUCCCAAGAAGCAAGUGAACAGAAUGCAUGCAUGGGAAUUUUCAAUUUUGCAAUCUUCUAGUGUGAACACAAAACGUAAAGGCAAUGUUAUAUCCCACCGGGCAACAAGUGAAAAAUCCAUUCCCCGCCCGAACUGGGUACUGUACGUGACUGUAUAUAAAUCAACAACAUUUGUGCAUAACUCGCAAGUUUAGAAACUACUAUUUUCCAAGUUUGUGCAUGUUAAAAAUAAUAAAGAAUGUAUAAAAGAGAAGCCUAAAACAAACACAAUAUGUACAGGCUACAGGAUAUGCUGCCGAAACCGUUUAAGUAGGUAAUUUUGGUUUAAACUCGUUUGCAAUAUCAUAGAGUUUUUGUCAUGAUCAUGAAAUACGAUAAUUUAUUGUUGUAUAAAUGUUGUUAUUUUUUCUUUCGUCGUUAUAUAACAAAAUUUGCAGCGUGCGAGUGACGACGUAUAGGCGUGUUGAGGUGUUGUGUGCUUGAUAGCUAACUUAUGAUGUUAUUCUGAUAUUUGCAUGCAGGCUAAGUUUCUUUUAGUUUACAGUAAGCUGAGUCCUAACAUAUUGAUCGGUUCGCAGGUUCCAUGCCAUAAAAUGAAGAAUUGUAAAAAUGGAGGAAAGACGAUCGUUUAUCUCAAAGAUUCACCUGGUUCUGAUCCUUACAGGUGUAAGUGUCCAAAGGGAUUCAUUGGAGAUCUCUGCCAAAUUGGUGAGUUGUUAAAGAAAAAUUUUAAGAUUGCUGCACAAGAUAAAG